AUGAAACUUAGCAAAAAAUCGCCCUUCCCUACACAGGAGUCGGGGCCUACUUCUAUGACCGCCGAUGAUGGGGUUGACUCCGGGGUGAUCAUCCCUAAACGCCCGAGAGCAGGCGUUCUGGGCAGGACUACACCGCGAGGAGCUCCAACAAGCCGACAAUUAUUGAAGGUUCCGGAUCCUAGACAAUUGCAGCCGGAAGAGGCCCCCAUCUACCUCGACAAACAUCAUCUGAGUGGCCAAACCUCGACAUCCUCCUCCCCAUCUGCAUUGCAAACAUGGUCUAAAAUGGAGAAAGGAAAAGAGCAACUCGAGGGGUUAGGUGACGACCAAGAAUACAUAUCAUUGGAGCCUGGGACUGGCGACACUUCGCUUGACCUCAUAGCAAUGAGCUCUAAACCGUCACUGGUAUCGGAUGAUGUUGACUUUGGCGAACAUCUAGGCGAAAUGUCCGCAAUGCCACUGAGCAGGCGUGGAGAACACAAAGAACGAGAGAUGCGCCGUAGAGAAAUUAAGGCAUUAAUUGAUCAAGCAGAAAACAUGUCGUGGGGAGAUGAUUCGGACCAAAGAGAUGAAACAAGUUGCAAUAUGAAGCACAUGGUUGCUAGGACCGAAGGUAUCCGAACACAGGGAGCGCUUGGUCCACAUUCAACUACACCACCGAAAGUUAUUCCAAUUCCAAGCCUACGUACGACUCUCGGGAACAUCGCCCAGGUUGUAUCUUUAGGGGAGGAUUCCAAGCAACAACUUACCAAUAAACUCAAAGAGUUGCAUGAUGAGGAACUCCAAAUUUCUCGGAGAAAAGAGGUGAUAGCAACUCUAUUGAAAGCUGCUGGAGAUACAUAUGAACACCUAGCCCGAACAUGUAAUUAA